GGCUUCUCCCCAUGUAGCUACUUUGCCGUCUGCUUUUACCUGAUGAUGCUGGUCAUGGUAGAAGGCUUCGGAGGUAAGAAAGCCGUGCUGAAGGCCUUAAAAGACACCCCCAUGCUGAUCAGGACGGGGCCUUGCUGCUGUUGCUGUCCCUGUUGCCCCACCAUCACCAUGACCAAACGGAAACUCCAAAUAAUGCUGCUGGGCACUUUCCAAUAUGCCUUCCUUAAGGUUGCCUGCACUUUCCUGGGCCUCGUUUUAAGCACCGAGGGCUUGUACGACACAGCCGACAUUUCAGCCACCAGCGUGGCUCUCUGGAUCAACACCUCCCUGGGCGUGUCCACCCUUUUUGCCCUCUGGUCGCUGGCCAUCCUCUUUCGGCAAGCCAAGACUCACCUUGCAGAGCAGAACAUGACAGGCAAAUUCGUUUGCUUCCAGGUCCUCCUCAUCUUGACGGCCUUGCAGCCGUCCAUCUUCAGCAUCUUGGCCAACGGGGGUCAGAUCGCCUGCUCCCCACCUUUCUCCUCCAGAGCCCGAGGCCAGCAAAUGCACGCCCAGCUGUUGAUCCUGCAAACAUUCGUCCUUGCGGUGCUGGCCAGGAUGUAUUACCGCAAGCCGGACGACAAGCCAGGAUGCUGCCUCCGCGAAUCUCCAGAGUUCAAACCAGAGAUCAAACAAUAAAGGAUAGUCCGAAACCCAGACCCCCCCCCAACAAAGACACUUGCCAGACAGGCAAAUCACCACCCUACAGGUAGUCCUCAACUUACGGCCGCAACUGAGGCUAAACUUCACGCCGUCGAGACAUUUUGUUUUGUCGUAAUUUGACGGCGCUUCUUGCCACGUGAAAAAUCGCAGCAGUCGUUACGACGAGUCGCACGGACGUGACAUGAAUCUGGCUUCCUCGUUAACCUGGCUUGUCGGAAGGCUGUCAUAAAUGGGAGUUGGUUGCUAAGCGUCCGAAUGUUGAUCACAAUUAUGGGGAUGCUGCGACCGUCGUUAAGUGCAAAAACCGGUCGUAAGUCGCUUUUUUUCAAUGCCGUUGUUAACUUCGAACGGCUGUUGUAAGUCGAGGACUACCUGUCUACGUUUCCGUGAAGAGUUUUGUGGCUUGCUAGCGAGAGGAGAGAGAGCAAUCCACAAUCCACAAUCCACCUCUGUGGAGUGACUUUUGGACUCACGGGCAUGCCUAUUGUUAAAAGUAUGCAAAGCUUGCCGAAUAAAUCUUCUCAUGGGAACGAGAGAAGGGAAGCGUGGCGCUUAAGUUGCUA